AUGAAUUAUUCCAUGAAUAAAACGAUAUUUGAUAUACACUACAAUAAAUGUACAUUUACAAAUCAUGUAUUAUUACGUUAUUUUGGUACAUUUAUUUUUAUUGUUGGAUUAUUUUCAACAAUUUUAAGUAUUUGUGUAUUUUCACGAAAACCAUUAAUACAUAAAUCAUGUUGUUACUAUUUUCUUAUAUUAGCCAUUAGUGAUUGUUUUCAUCUAUUAGCAAUAGCUAUUGAAUUAACACUACCACAUAGUCUACAUUUUGAUAUAAUGAAACAUAAUUUAUUUUUAUGUAAACUUUUAAUAUUUAUUAUCUAUUAUUCAUCUCAUUUAUCAAAUAUAAUAUUAACAUUAGCAUCAAUUGAUCGAUUUUUAUUAAUCUAUUGUCCAACAAAAACAAAACGUUUUUGUAAUAUUCAUACAGCAAAAUAUUUAGUAUUAUUUUUUAUUAUUUUUCUUGCAUUAAUUAAUAUUCAUUUAAUUUAUGGUUUUACUUUAACAAAAAUAUCUCAUAUUAAAAAUCUUUAUGAUUGUCAUAUAAAUAAAAAUAAUAAAUUAUAUAAUUCAUUUUAUAUUAUAUUUGAUACAUAUAUUGAAACAAUAUUUUUCUAUAUGAUACCAUUUUUAAUUAUGAUUACUUGUUCAAUAUUAAUUAUUAUUAAAAUAUUACAAACAAGACGAACAGUUCAUUAUAAUUCUCGUGGACAUUUUUAUUAUUAUCAUUGUUGUACAACACCAAUAAUAAAACAUAUUUCAAAAAAUAAUAAUAAUUCACUUAUUAAAACAACAAUUAUAAAACGAAAAACAAAUCAUAGACGAGAAAAAGAUAUACAAUUAAGUUUUAUGUUAAUUGGAACAUCGAUGGCUUUUAUUAUUUUAACAUUACCAGCUGAAAUAAAUGAUCAUUUUUCAUCAAUACAACCACAUACAUGUUUAUAUUGGUUUCAAAAAGUAUUUUUUAUAUUAAUGCAACAAACAUAUUAUGCUGGACAUUUUUAUAUUUAUUUACUUACUGGUCAAUUAUUUAGAAAAAAUUUAAAAUAUUUUUUUUGUGGUCGUAAAAAAUGGCCUAUUUCUCGUUUAUCAACAAAUAUCACUCAUCAAUGA